GGAAGCUAUUAAAGUAGAAGAGUCUUCCCUAUUCACUGGAUCACAAUAAAUCCUGAGACUGGCUUCAAGAUGAUCCUUCUGCUUGGGUUGGUGAUGCUGACAGGAUGUGCUGAAAGUAUUGAAGAUAUGUCGGGUCGGAUGUUCCUUUUCCCACAGCAAACCAACACUGCUCGUGUGAAGCUGAACAUAGCACAACAGGUUUUAAGUGAAGUUACUGUCUGUCACAGGUCCUUUACUGACCUCAAAAGAGACCACGCCCUCUUCUCUCUGGCCACAUCCUCCAACAGCAAUGGCUUCCUGAUUUUUUGGGAUGAAGCAAGUAAGGAGAUUGAGCCAAUCAUCAUUGAUAAAAAGGCAGAAUAUGGAGCGUUCGACUACAGGCCGAACAUGUGGCACUCAAUUUGUACCACAUGGGACUCUGAGUCUGGACUGGUGCAGAUGUGGUUUGAUGGAAUACCCUCGACCAGGAAGUCCAGCAGCUCAGGAUCCAGCAUCCAAGGGACCAUGAUGAUUCUUUUAGGACAGGAGCAGGAUUCCCACGGUGGGGGAUUUGACAUUAAACAGUCUUUCGUUGGCAUGAUAUCGGACGUCCACAUGUGGGACAACAUCCUCCACUCCUGCGAGAUCCAGGACUACGUGAAUGAAAACAUCUUCACUCCAGGGAAUGUGAUCAACUGGAAUGCACUGGACUUCCAGAUUGUAAACAAUGUGUUGAUUGAGCAAAAAUCUAAGUCAUGUCACUGAAGUUUUAAAACAAGACCAUUAAUACGUCAGAGAGACAAAAGCACAUAAUAUAACACUUGCUGUGCUUUUAUGUAAAUAUGUUGAGAGGAAAUGUCCAAAUGUAGAAUUUACAGGCAGUAAGUCAGAUUAAAAUCUAAGUUUACUGUGUCGUUAAAAGCAAAAACAGUAAAGCCGCAGGCAUUCAAAAUGUCAGUCUACCCCCUGCAUUAAAGAGGGACAAUUUAGCUGAAAGGCUUUUAUUUAGUGUAUUUAGAAAAUCCAGAUCCUUUAGCUUUCGGCGAAGAGUGUUCUCUGGUUGUCUAACAAGACUUAUCUCUUUGGCUCUACAGAAGUUUUCAACUGUGACAGAUGUCAAAUUCAUUUCUAACAUCAUUUCCUGAUAUGUGUUAAUUUCACAGUUUUUCAAUCAAUGUAAUCAUUAUUGGAUGGAGAAAAAUAAAAGCAAUGAAUGACCACAAGUGA